AUGUUGCGAUCAUCGCUCCGGUCAACCAGGCUGCUCAGCGGCCAGCCCGUUGCGGCUGUUGCCGGGCGCCAAUGGGCCGCCGCCGCGUCGCGACGCUCGGUUCUGCUUCAAAACAGAUAUUAUGCCGACCACCCCGUUAUUCCUAGGCCCCCCGUCCUCCCGACCUCCGAGAUCAAGAGCUCCGAACGUGCCCCUACACCCGCCGAGGAGACCAUCGAGAAGAAGGUCGGUCUUGAUGAGGUCCCUCUGACACCUCCUCCCGUGCCCCAGGAUAUCGCCGACAAGGCUGCCGCCGUUGCGUCCGCCGCCUCGCAAGUCGCUGGCGGUAACAAGUCGACUCCUCCGCCCCCUCCGCCUCCUCCGCCUCCCAAGAAGAAGGGCUUCAUGGCUCGUCUCCGCCGCUUCGUUGCGUCUCUGAUCCUCCUCGGCGUCGUCGGCUUCGCCGGCGGUGUUUGGUACUCGCGCAUCAACGAUACCUUCCACGACAUCUUCACCGAAUUUGUGCCCUUUGGCGAGCAGGCCGUUCUGUACCUCGAGGAGUUGGAAUUCCAGAAGAAGUUCCCCGAUGCCCACCGCGCAGGCUCUGUGCGCUCGGCCCCGAGCUCCAGUGAGCAGGUGCGCAUUCCUGCUCAGAGUGGUGCUUCGUGGCGAGUUGCUGAUAGCGGCGAGCCUGUCGGUCGCCAAUCCAGCUCUGCCUCCACGUCGCGCAACAAGCCGGCCGCCAAGUCGGAUGAGGUUGUGAAGAAGGAGCCGGCGCCCGCAGCGGCCAAGCCUGUCGAGACCCAAUCUGCUCCUGCUCCCGCCGCCAGCAAAGAAUCCAAGGACUUCAAGACCCCCGAGGUCAAUGAACCCUCCCGCUUCCCUCCCCUGGAGCCCAUCGAUCUGAUGAGCCUUCCUGAUGCCAAGGAGCCCAUUGUCCAAGACCUUGUCCGCAUGCUCAACGACCUCAUCCUCGUCAUCAAUGCUGACAAUGCCCACGGCAAAUACUCCACUACCAUCUCCAAGGCGAAGCGUGAGGUCGGUGAGGUUGGCGACAAGCUGAAGGCUCUCAAGACUGGUGUCGAGAAGAAGGCUGCCGGCGAGGUCAAGUCUACGAUUGCCGAGUUUGACAAGGCCGCCACUGAGCUUGUAAAGAGAGUCGAGAACACCAUGGUCCAGCAAGAAGCCUCAUGGCGCUCCGAAUUUGAAGAGGAAAUGAACAAGGUUCGCGACACAUACGAGCAGCGUGCCAAGCUCCUGCUCGAGCGCGAGCAAAAGCUGAACGAGGAGAAGCUCCAGACCAAGCUUCUGGAGCAGGCUGUCGCACUGAAGAAGGAGUUUGUCAAGGAGGUCCAGAACCGUGUCGAGGCUGAGCGCGACGGUCGCUUGAGCAAGCUCAACGAACUUACCUCGGCUGUGGCUGACCUCGAGAAGCUGACCGUUGGCUGGAACAGCGUUCUUGACACUAACCUGAAGACUCAGCAGCUUCAUGUUGCUGUUGAGGCCGUCCGCGCUAGCCUUGAGGGUGCUACCCACCCCAAGCCCUUCAUCAAGGAGCUCGUCGCCCUCAAGGAGAUUGCCGCCAACGACGAUGUCGUUGACGCCGCCAUCUCCUCCAUCAACCCCUCUGCCUACCAGAAGGGUGUCUCCUCCCCCUCAUAUCUCAUCGACCGCUUCCGUCGCGUAGCUGGCGAGGUCCGCAAGGCUUCCCUGCUGCCCGAUGACGCUGGUGUCGCGAGCCACGCUUCCAGCUGGGUUCUGAGCCACCUCAUGUUCAAGAAGCAGGGCCUGGCCGAGGGCAACGAUGUUGAGAGCAUCCUGACCCGCACGCAGACCUUCCUCGAGGAGGGUGAUCUGGAUGCCGCGGCCCGUGAGAUGAACGGCCUCGAGGGCUGGGCCAAAACUCUUAGCCGUGACUGGCUGGGAGAGGUUCGCAAGGUGCUUGAGGUGCAACAAGCUCUUGAUGUGAUUGCUACGGAAGCUCGUCUGCAGAGCUUGCGCGUAGACUAA